AUGGACCAGUCGGCCACGACCGCAGCUUAUGUCUCUGGGAUGAAGGAGUCGCUCUCGCUUUACGGCAACGAGCUGGUCGAGUUCACAACGUACUUCUCUAUCGGAUAUGCACUGGCUAUUGUGCCAUCCCAGAUGAUCCAGACCAAGGUCCGGCCUUCGCUAUGGUUGCCCCUUUGUGAGACCAUCUGGGGCGCCUUCACACUGGCCAUAUACAAAGCGCCCGACGCAAAGACAAUCUUCAUCCUGCGGUUCUUCCUGGGCGUCUUCGAGGCAACAUCGUGGCCUGGCAUUGUCAACCUCAUUUUCAACUGGUACAAGCCUUCUGAGCUAGGCGUCCGGCUCGCCGUCUUUGGUGUCAGCGGUGUCGCGGGAAACAUGUUUCUGGGCACGCUGCAGGCGGCGCUAUACCGCAACAUGAACGGCGUCAACGGCCUCGAAGGCUGGCAGUGGCUGUUCAUCAUCUCUGGGAUAAUCACCAUUGUCUGGGGCUUCUACGGCUUGCUCAUCAUCCCGGACUCGCCCGGCCACACCCGGGCUCUGUACCUCACCGAGUCUGAGCGCGCGCUGGCCCGCGACAGGAUGUCGGACGCGGGGACCAAGACGUCCGAGAUGAUCUCGGCCAAGACCUUGUUCCAGCGCAUCCGCUACACGUUCCAGAACCCGCUCUCGUACCUCUUCCUCGCGGCGUACCUGCAGUUCGCGUGGGCCCAGCGCGCAAACUCGUACUUCCUGCUCUACCUCAAGGACGUCAAGGACAGCACGACUGGCCAGCCCCUAUACUCGGUGUACAACGUCAACCUGAUCCCCCUCGGCGGCUACGCGCUGUCCAUCGUGUGCAACAUUGGCCUCAACGCGCUCAGCGACCGCAAGAACUGGCGCUGGCAGGUCUCGUGCGGCGCCGCCGCGCUGCACCUCGUCGCGACGGCCGUGCUGGCCGCCUGGCCGGGCCACUCGCACGCGACCAUCAUGACCUUCUACUUCCUCACCUUCGCCACCGCGGCCUGGGGCUACGCCCUGCUCGCCUGGCUCGCCGAGGUCCUGCGCAAGGAACCCGAGGCCAGGUCGAUCCUCGUCGGCACCGCCGUCACGCUCGUCUACGUCGGCCAUGCCACGAUCCCCCUGCGCGCGUGGAGGGUCAGCGACUCGCCGCGGUAUCCUGUCGGGUUCCCCCUCGCGGCGGCGUUCUGUGUGGGCAGUAUCGUGGCCAUGCUGGGGAUCAAGUUCUACGUCGAGCGCAGGCCGGAGAUCAUGGCUGUCGGACGGCGAGACGGUUGCGGUUACUGUUCAGGAUGGCGGGGAGAGCGAUUUGAAUAA